AUGGGGAGUAAUGAGGGUACGGAAGCCAUGAAUCAAGAGGCAAAGCUGACGGAUCAAGAGCACGGAGCUAAAAUUGAGCACCACUCUAAAACCGACCACCACCACUUUAAAUCCAAGCUCUACUCGAGAGCUGAACAGCCGACGAGCGGCGGCAAGGCCCACAUCGUGCCGUCCUUCCACUGGCACGUCGCGCUCCCAGCGCUCGUCGCGGCGACGAUCCUCGCGUUCCUAUUGGCCGAUCCGCUCCGCCUAAGUCCCGUGGCGCACCUCCCGUUCGACCCGGUCGUCAUCGACAUCGCACCGCCGCCACCGCGUUCCGUCAGAGACCCUCUUAAUCGGCUUGCCGAUGCUGAAAUUAGGUUCGAGGGCGAGGCGUUCGGGCCCGAGAGCCUUGCGUGGGAUCUGGACGGCAGAGGGCCGUACGCGGGCGUGGGCGACGGGCGAGUCGUGCGCCGCACAGCCGACGGCCGCGCGUGGGAGACGUUUGCGUGGGCGUCGCCGAUGCGGACGCCCGAGCUCUGUGACACACACGCCCCUCGGCGCUUCAGUGGCGCUGCCACGUCACAGGAGCUCGGACCAAUGGAGAGGAGGCACGCGGCGGCAGCAGCAGCGACGCUGCCAGCUUCAGAGAGAGUGGCAACCGCGUUCGGCGUGUUCCCUAGCGACGUGUCUCUCGUGCAGCCCCGCGCCCGAGCCUCCGUUCAAGGCUCGGUGCCUGGCUCGGUACAAGGCUCGUUGGAAGGUCCUGCGGGGAACCUCUCUUCCUCGAUUGCAGCUUCCGAAGCACCUCUGAGUGUCGCUGGUUCACAUGCAGCACCGGCUGUCGAAACUGAGCAUUCCCACCAGUCUCAACAAUCACAACAACCCCACAUAACUCAGCAGCCACAGAAAUCCCAGCAACCCGUUCCGGCCCAGCACUUUCCGCCUACCCAGCAAUCCCAGCAGGCCCAUCCCAAUCCGGCCACGGAGCACAUAUGCGGGCGGCCGCUGGGGCUGCGGUUCCACCCGGUGACGGGGGAGCUGUAUUUCGCGGAUGCCUACUUUGGCGUGUUCAAGGUGGGGCGGCAGGGCGGGCUGGCGCAGCCUGUGGUGACGCGCGUGGACGGCCGCCCGCUGCUGUUCGCCAACGACCUUGAUAUUGCCGCCAGCGACGAGAAUGGCACCCUCUAUUUCACCGACACCAGCACGCGCUUCCACCGCCGGGACUACUAUGUGGCGAUAGUGGAGGGGCGGGCAGAUGGGCGGCUGGUGCAGGUGGACCUGGCGACGGGCCGGGCGGCGGUGCUGGUGGACGGCCUUGCAUUCGCCAACGGUGUUGCGCUCUCCAGAGACAAGUCCUUCCUCGUGUUCUGCGAAACCACCUCUCUGAGGUGCCAUCGAUACUGGCUGAGAGGUCAUAAGGCAGGGACACAUGAAGUUUUUGUUGAGCUGCCUGGCAUGCCCGACAAUGUUCGCCGGAAUCCUCGCGGCCGGUUCUGGAUAGCCGUCCAUUCGCGAAGAAAGCUCCUGCUGGACAUGGUAGCUCGUAGGCCUUGGCUGCGGUCCCUCUUCCUCUCUCUGCCAAUCAGCAUCAGUACAGCACACCGUCUAUCCGUGGGUCGACCUAAUGGGAUCAUCGUAGAGGUGGAUGAAAAUGGCAUCAUAACAGACGUGCUCGAGGACAGGUUGGGAAAUGCUGUCAGGUCUGUGAGUGAAGUGGAAGAGAGAGACGGAAAGCUGUGGUUGGGUUCCGUGGUGAUGGCUCAUGUUGGCAUGCUCGAUUAUCAACGUCCAACAUGGGACAAUUUCCCCAAGGCAUUUCAGCUAUAG